GCGCGUAAGUCUACCARAUGAAUCUCUCGCCAGAGUCAACAUUUUAGGCAAAGUACUUUAAAUACCAACACGAGGAAAUGAGCUAUUAAUAAGCUGCAAGAGUGGAAAGCUAUUCAACAUGUUUUUAUCUUCCACUCAACAUGACAUUUGGCGAGUUUUUGCUGUUCUUGCUGCUGUUUUUAUUUUUCUCACAAACACGUCAACAAAUGCGAUGUGCCCGCCAAGCCAUCUCAGUGGCUUAUCAGGAAACUUCACCAGUCCAAAUUUUCCAAACCACUACCCUUUGAACAUCGAAUGCACCUACAACAUCACGGCACCACAAGGAUACCAAAUCGAGAUUGAAUUUUCUGUUUUCGACAUUGAGUAUCGCGUAAACUGUACAGCGGAUUACCUCUUAUUCAAGAAAGCUAGAAGAUGGAUUAAGUACUGUGGGAAAUUCAGCCCACCUAAGCCACGCGUGUUGUCAAGCGAUUCAAAUAUGGUAGUGGAGUUUUUAUCCAAUACAAAUGAAACAUUCCAGGGCUUUAAAGCCCAUUAUAAAGYAGUUCCAUUGGCUGUGACUUCAACUGCUUCUCCUAUACAGCCCACUAAGACAAUGUCUGUAACGCCUUCCAGUACAGUCAUAACGCCACCUCAUGCAAAGCAAGAACGAUUGGCCGGUUCAUUCGUCUCUGUAAUAAACCAUUCAAUAGAAGGACAUACAAUACAGAAGCUGGUCACAUCAAGCAACAUCGCCUGCGUUAUGUUAUGCCAGCGGAAUACCAAGUGCAAAUCAGCGACGUACAUGACUCUUUACCAGUCUUCGGGACAUUGUAUUUUACAUGACACGACUGGAACGCCUGACUCUUUGGAACAGAGAAAUGAUGCGAUGUUUUAUCGAUUAGUAUAGUUGCAAAUCAAUACCUAAUCGAUGUUUUGUUAGUCAGAGAGUGAAAUAGCCCACUUUCGUAUUCUUGUUGAAUGUUCGGGCUAAAAAGGAAAAAAGAUAAAAAACAAAACAAAACAAGGCUUACAAAGAUUAUCUCUUGUUGUCCCGGAAACUCGUAUACUAUUUUUUUUUCUUGCUUUUUCAACUAAAAUAAAAUCAAACACUGGCAAAAACACAACAAAUAAACAAACAAACAAACAACAACAACAAAAAUGGUAGAAUAUCGAAAGUGGGUCAUUCGGUGUCAACAAAUGGUCAGUUCUUUACAAUAGUGACUAAGGUAAUUAUCAUCGUUGAAAACUCUGUCCCUUAGAAAAGUAAUUUGCUGUUUGUCUAGCUGCUGUAGGGUAGGUUUUGAUGUCUAUUACGGAACGUUUAUUAAAAGACUUUCUAAAUUACCAAUUUCUGAAGAGUCUUUCUGAAGAGUUACAUCAGGCAGGUUGUGCAGAUAUGGUAGACCCGAUACGGGUGUUUCGACAUUCUUACGUAUACGUUGACGAGUUAAACGUAUACGUAACAUAUACGUCUCUCUAUCAUUACUCAUUAAUGCAGUUUGAGCUUAGUCCCGAUACAUGUAUGUUGACAUUACUUUCGUUAAUUUGACGAGUCAAAGGUACACGCAAUCUCUAUAUUCGUAAGCGUUGUACUUUUACGUAUAGGUCCUAAUUUUGUAAACGAAUCCGCGUAAACGGUGAUCAUAUUUACGAAUCUCUUUCGUCUGAACGGCAAUAUCAAAMUUUAUUGCUCACAAAAGACCAAGUUAUCAUUAUUAUUAAGUCAAGAUUAGAUUGGAUUUUUAGAUUAAAGAAAAAUAUAGAAAUAAUUACGUCGAAGAUCAGUACAUUUGGAGUAGAUUUGGAGUACAAUUGACGUUUAAAUUUAGCAGGUAAACUUUAAAUAAUAAAUUGUAUAAAAAAACUGCUUUACGCAAAGGUGUUUUUUAGGUUUCUAGUUUAAUUUAGUACAGCAAUAGAGAAAAAGAUAAAAGACCGGCGGUCAUGUUGGUUGAAGAACAAUAAAUUCUAAUGUGAAAUCUUUUGUUGAAGUUCAUCCAAGAUGGCCGCUCUGACGUACGUUAGAAACGAAGAAUGACCGGCAAGUAAUCUAUGUCAACACGACGUCUUUAGAUCAAGUUUGUAUUGAUUCAGCUACUCUUUAAAGUGCCAAUACUGAACGUUAUAUGACUAUAUGAUUGUCAAUGUACAAAUAGUAAUAAAAAAUAUGUAAAAGCUG